UCAAACAUUGUUUAUGUUUUAGCACGUGGUAGUGCGGAGAAUUGGUAUCGAAACAUAGUUAAACUAAAAUUGUGUGUGCUUAAGUGUAGAAAACUACUGCCGUUAAUCAUGUGUGGCAAGCUGAGUAAAAAAUCCGAUGCAAUCCUUCGGCGGAAAGCAUCCGCAACCGUCGAGAAGCCGAAUCCAUUUGAAACGGUGGUUAUGAAAUCGAAACACGCCGUGCUCAACCGCGGUAUACAAUCAAAGCGUCCCGGCAACUUGCAGCGUAUAUCGUACGAGAAGCGGGAUCAAACGCUGGGCAAAGAAUUUGCGUCCAUGCACAAGACAAAUCGAUUUAUGGACGCACGGCAAAACAGUAGAUAUGCGAAAGCACCGACGAAAAAAGCGCAGGCGAAAGAAAUGUUCAACCUCAACCUAACGCACGGUGGACGCACGAUGCACGAAAUAGAACGGUUCGACGAUGUGCCGGACGGUGCCGAUGAUGAUGACGAGGACGAUGGCAUGCUACAAGAAUCCUUCACCAAAGCAACGCAUUUUGGUGGUGGGUCGGACGACGAGGGACCGGGAAGGGAUCGAAAAACUGUAAUUGAGGAGAUGAUUGCGGAAAGCAAACGCCAAAAAGCCGAACGGCAGCAGGAAAAUGAUGAGCUGUACGAUAUGCGACAGAAGCUGGAUGACGAUCUGAAGGGUCUGAUGUCACAGUUUAAUGAGCAUAUCAGGACGGAUAACGAACGACCGCAACCAGAUGAUUACGAUCGAGCUAUGCGUGAAAUGAUUUUUGAGCCACGUGGAGAACCGACGGAAAAGCUAAAAUCUAUUGACCUGGCGGCUACAGAGCAGAAACGGCGUGAAGCUUUAGAGCGUGAAAAACAGGAGCGAAUGCAGAGUGAGCUUAAUGCACAAAAGACAACGAAAGUAAAUCGACCCGUUUCGGCCGAUGCGUUGUCCGAUGAUUUUUUGGUGGAAGAUGACGAUGAUGGUGAUGAAGAUGAUGAGGAUGAGGAUGGUGGAAACGAGGUCGAGAAUGGUACAAACAGUGAACCGGAAGAAGAUGGAACGGACGAAAAGUCGGAUGAUGAUGCUGACAGUAGCGAUGUAGACAGUUUAUCGGAUUUAAAAGCAACUACGCAGCACGAAAGUGACGACGAAUCGGAAUCAGAAAAAGAACCACAGCCGGAACCGGUAGCUGCAGUGGUAAAGGAGAGUGCACCGAAAACAAAACCGUCGGUGCAAGCAACAAGCGAGAAAGUGAAACCGAUUGUAUUUAAGCCUGUGCUGCGUAUCGUAGAUGUACCAAGAGAAUACGAACAGUUUGUCGAGAUGCUUGAUGAUAAAAAUGUUGAGGAACGAAUAAGUCUAAUAGCGAGUAUGAUACACACGCUGAAACAGAAAAACUUUCUUCACAAAUCACGCUGGUCGGUGCUUUUCGCAUAUUUAUUGAAUUAUCUAAGCGAUCGUUUCACUCGCCCAGUAUCCAUCGAGGAUGAAUUUCGAACGUUGGACCUCCUGACUCCUCUACUCCAUGAUAUAGCUCAGACGGAUCCUUCCGACAUUGGCAAAGUGUACAUUAGUGUUGUGGAGGAAAAAUACACUGACUAUAAAAAUCGUCCCCAUCGCUAUCCUGAUCUGGCCACUUUGGUACUGCUCAAGCUAGUUCCACUGCUGUUUUCUGCUUCGGAUCGUCGGCACUCCAUCGUUACACCAGUUCUGGUUUUUAUUGGAGAAAUUCUUACCCGUUGUCAGGUGCGAACCAGGCGGGAUAUUAGCCGUGGAUUGUUUUUGGUAACAGCCGUGUUGGAGUGUGUUGAGCAUUCGAAACGAUUUCUUCCGUCAGCGAUUGCUUUUCUGGUUGGAGUGCUCAAUCAAGCAUGUCCCAAGGAAUCGUUAUCUGCAGCUAUAACCAUCACUGAACCAUUUAAGCAAACAGCUAGUUUAUUGCUUGCUGAAACGGAUACUGACAUCAGUGCAAAUGAUGGGCUACAGCUAACUGCACAGGAUCUGCUUAUGACUCAAAUAACUCCAUCGUUCAAGGUGCGUUCUGUUGCCUGCACCCUGUCGUUGGUAGCUGCUCUUUGCAAUCAGAUGGAUGAUAUCCCAGCAGUAUCAACUCUUGCCAGACAGUUUCUUCAUUCGUUGAACAUCAUACACAAACAAUCGUACCCUGCUCCCGCCCAGGAAGUGUUCCAGCAAACCAAGGACAAGCUAACUGCACUUUCGGCACGUUCGCUAAAGUAUUUAGAGAAGGCAGAAAAGAAACCGAAACCAUUGCGCCUGCUCGAACCGAAAAUCAAUCCCAUCUAUGAGGAUAUUCGGCGACGACCCAAAACGGCAAUACCGUUGCGUGAACAGCGCCGUAAGCUUCAGCAGAAGAUAAAGAAAGUUACGCGCGGUGCGAAACGUGAAAUUCGGCUCGAUAACGAGUAUAUUGCGAAGCUGCAGCAUAAACAGCGCAUGGCAAGCGAUCGGGAACGCAAUCAGAAGGUACGCCAAAUAUUUAGCUACGCUUCAUCUCAGCAAGCCGAACUGAAUUCGCUCGAUCGAAGGGCUAAGUACCGUAAAUAGAUACGACCAAAAAGGGAUUUUUUGUGUGUAUAGUUUAACGCAUCUUAUUAACGUGUGAAGGAACGUAAAGUGUAGUCCAAAUUUCAAUCAGAAGAUAAUGAUAAUCCAUUUAGCUUAAAGUUGAACUUAAGAAAAAAUAAAUCUU